AAACCAAGCUGUCAUAGUCAUUGCUCUAGUGCCAGUGGAGCAGAAAGGAGUUUGUACAACAGGAUCUACCACACUUAAAUGUUCCUUGCCAACUGUAAAGCGAGAAUGAAUCCUGAAGACAUGCAUGCACACCCGGAAAAUCUAUCAGACUUUAAAAAUAACUCCUGCGAUAUUUUUAUUUUCAAUAAGACUGCCAAAGUUCUAUUUCCAAUGUUUUACCUAGCCAUCUUAAUAAUUGGUUUGAUGGGAAAUCUUCUUGUCCUUUAUAUCAUCUUUCAUAAUCAACUCAAAGUCAAUUCAACAAGAAUCUACCUGGUCAACCUUGCUCUGUCAGACACUUUGUUUGCUUUGGCAUUACCAGGAAGAAUUGUUUACAACAUUAGAGAGUUUGACUGGCCAUUUGGUGACUUUCUUUGUCGGAUUAACGCUGUCAUUAUUUACACAAAUACAUAUGUUGGCAUUGGCCUUAUGACCUGUUUAAGCAUUGAUCGCUAUUUGGCAAUGGUUCAUCCUCAUCACUUCACUAAACUUAGGAGUGUGGGAGUUGUGAAGGGUAUCUGUGUUUUAAUAUGGUUUGUUGUCUUUUGCCAGACAGCUCCUAUGCUUUUCCAUAACAUGGUGAAAAACGUCAAUGGAAAGAGGUUGUGUAUGGAGUACUUUGGCAUGGAUGGGCAUAAUAAUCUGCCCUACCUACUUCUUCUCGCGUGUGCUUUUAGCUAUGGCUUCCCUUUAGUGAUCAUCAUUUCAUGCUAUGUGAAAAUCAACCAUAAACUGCACAAGGCUGCACAGAAGAACACAAUGAGUGGCAAAUAUAGACAAAAUAGAAGAGCCUCUGGGAUUAUCUUCUCUAUUCUGAUGGCUUUUAUUUUAUGCUUCAGUCCAUACCACAUAAACCUUAUGCAGUUUAUGAUUAAGAAGCUUUGUUACCAACCCUCCUGCGAAGAACUGAAGAACUUCAAAAUAUCUCUUCAAGUUACUUUAUCGAUUAUGAACCUUAAUUCCACAUUGGACCCUGUCAUCUACUUCUUUGCAGUCAAAAGCUACAAGCAAAAAGUUAUGAGCCUCUUAAAGAGUCACCUUUCUGCACCUGGUAUUUCUCUUAAAACGACCUCAGAGAGCGUCAGUAACAGUUAGAGAGCAGCAGAAGGAGGAUCUGGAAGAAAUCCACUAUCAAAGAAAGCCCAGCAGAAGAAUGUAGACUUCUAACCUGUGUGGUGACCUGCACCUCAUUGGACUUUGCAAUUUUAAUGACAUUUCUAUAAAAAUUGUGGUGCAAAAAGUCCAUGUCAUGGAAUGGUGAAGCAAAUGCCAAAUCAGUGUAAAUGUUAAGAUCUAUCUAUCUAUCU